CCUUUGCGAAAGGCUUCGGCGCUGCGAUUCAGGGCUUUGACAGCAACUUUUUGCCAGUUCUUCCCUGUCGCCUUUGGCUCGUUAUUAGCUCGCCCAAUCCCUUAGACUCUUCUCUCUAGGAUGAGCCACUCACAAACUGAGUCUUUUCACGGGCAGCUCAUAGAACCCGCGUUUUAAUAGAGCAUUGACACCCGUCGUCUUUUUUCCGUCAAAUCAAUGGAAUUCAUUCGCCCACCUUCUCAUGACUUUACAAUAGACACAUCCUCUGGAUUCUCUGAACUGAUGGAUGCGAGCAAUCGGAUCCCUCACGGCACCGGAACGACUGCGUAUCAUUUCUCUCACGACGAUUCUCGUCUAGACGCCCAGUCGUCGGUAUACUCUACCGAUCCUUUCAAACCCUCAAAAUCAUCCCAAAACUCCUUAGAUUUAUCGCCCUCAAGCCAUACCACCAUGGCUUCCUUUAUGGAUCACGGUAUUCAGCCGCAGUUACGAGACCGGCACGGCAGUUCUGGCGCAGUCAUCCCUCCCUCAGAUACCGAGCCGACCUUCUCUUUCUCUUGGGACGCCUAUUUGAAUGACACAUUCCCUGAUGCUUCUCGCUCUCUUCGUCUGGGCAAAGAUGCCUUGCGCCAGACGGAGACAAAUUGUGACGAUGACUGUAGAUCAAUGGUGUCAUGCACAUCCGCCUGCGGUAUAAGUUGCCCAAGCCAAUGUGGUGAUACGGGCCAAGGAAUGUGUUGCGAUGAUGAUACAUGCGACGACAAAGAGCUGUGCCUUGACGAAAUGUGCGAGGAUGCCGCUACCCCCUGCACGGAUGCCAAUUGCUUGGGCCUUGCCAGACUUGAGCAACUUCCCCUCGGCCCUGGCUUCUCAGACGGCGACAAGCAAGCUGCAGCAGCCCUUGCGUCUAUCGGAGAUACCUCCUUGGAGUUUAUGCCAAACAGCUUUCAGCAAUUUCAUUCGGAUUCACAAUUUGGACCUCACUCUUGUUUUCCUGGGUCGACAUGCAACCACUCCUUUCCACAAGGGUUCUUGUCAACGACUGCCGAUAAUGGCACGUUCGGCAAUUUUUGGGAAUACCUGACUCAAGAGAACCCGCUCGCAACUCACAUUCUGCAAUACCAUGAUCCUCGACAUAGCGUGGAGCAUGUUCGCCCAUGUAUUGCCGAUGGUCCCAAUCUCGCCAUUCCGAAAUGCACUCUGCCCAAAACUGUCAGCGGAGAUGCCUUAAGCCAUGGGCUAGGUAGCAAUCUUGGAGAUUUCACAUGUGGCUUUGAGGUCAACACACUUGACCAAUUUGCCAGCCACAUAUUCGAAGAUCAUUGGCCUAUAAACAUGCCAAUCCCCGACCUUGGCAGCUUGUCGCAGCCCUCGCAAGCUGAAGACCAUUUUUCUUUAUUUCCUAUCCGUACGAGCAUCCCGCCGUCUUACUCUUUAAGCGCAACCUCAUCCCAUGACACACACUUUUCUCCAUCAGACUCGCCUCUGCAGAACCCAUCCGUGGUUUCGUCACUUUCACCCUUUCCCACCCCACAUGCAACGACUCCUCCUACACAAACCAAGGAGUCACCGAUCGAGUCAUCCGUGGAGUCAAUAUCAACUGAGCUCACCCCAAUUUCAUCGGUGGACGUAGAGACCGUCGUCGAUUAUACCUGUCAAUGGAGAUCACCGGAUGGCAAAGUCUGCCUUAUGCAAUUUAAGGAUGCCGAUGAACUGCAUAACCACACAAAGAAUGAUCAUCUGAAGGGAAUGUCACGGCAACCCCCUGGAUUUCGGUGCCAUUGGGAAGGUUGUACAAGGACGAGUGUGUUUGGCCAAAAGAGCAAAUUAGAACGCCACAUUCAAACUCACACAGGAUAUAAACCUGUGAAAUGCUCCAUAUGCGGCCUGCAGCUCUCAGCGAAGCAGUCGCUUGACCAACACAUGAGAGUGCACACGGGCGAAAAGCCUUGGAAAUGCAGUUUCCCGGGUUGUUUGCAUGCUUUCAAGCAACAGAGUGCACUUACCAUGCACGAGCGCACACAUACUGGGCAUAAACCUUUGACGUGUGACAUCUGUGGGAAGUCGUUUGGGGAAUCUUCAAAUCUUUCCAAGCAUCGCCGAACUCACAACGAGAGGGGUGGCCACUCUUGCCCCUUGUGCAAUAAAGAUUUUAAUCGUCUGGAUCAGUUGAGACGCCAUUUACACAGUAACCACAAAUGUAAGCCGGAGGAGGCCGACUCAAUAGCCAAGUCAGUCAGGCUUCAGUCAGUCAAGGGAGCGAGACAAAAAAGUAUUAGUCGAGUGUGAAGAUCCAGCCCGACGAUUGAACGUCAGCAAUAUACCCACCAAACGGAAACAGCUGUUCCCGUUGCAAUCCUCAAUACUGGAAUCGACGAAAAUGAUAUAUGGGAGGUUGAAAAUUGAAGAAGCCAUCUCUUUGAAAAAGUAAUGUACGGUGGCUUUCGUGGACUCGUUGCCAUAUAAAACACGGCAUGGGUUAAUGGAACUGAUUUAUGAAGAUAGAGAUAGAGGAUCUGCUCGAGCUGCUUGGGCUGAUUUAAUAAGAGGUCACACCAGAGUCUUGGAUGAAAUGACUGGAUGUCAAAUCCUAGCCGCUA